UGUUAGGGGAAAUUUUGAAUUUUUAAACGGCAUUUUGUCGCUGAACAGACAGUCGAGUGGAAAGAAGUGAGAAGUCAUUUAAUUUUAUAAAUUUGUAUUGUUUUUCUUCGAAAACUGUUUGAUUUUUAAAACUAUACUUGCAUUGCGGUAAUCAAGAAUCUUGUGAUUAAUUAUUGGAACUAUAAUUGUGUCAGCAUAUAAAAUAAGUAUCGCUGUUUAAUUCUUUAUUUCCUGCAUUAAUAUUCGUCGCCAACAAAAUGAGUAAAUCAGAUACAUCACGUUUAAAUUCGUACAAAUCGAACUCCAUUAACUCACAGGAGUCUCGCAUGCGUCGCCAUGAAGUUACUGUGGAGUUACGUAAAUCAAAGAAAGAGGAUCAACUUUUCAAACGUCGCAACAUCAACGAUGAGGAUAUUGUAUCACCUCUGAAAGAAUCGAAUAAUCAAUCGCCAGCACAAAUGAGCAUCGACGAAAUGGUUGCCUCUAUGAAUAGUCAAGAUGUUGAGCGUCAAUUCUUGGGCAUGCAAUCCGCACGUAAAAUGCUAAGUCGCGAACGUAAUCCGCCUAUAGAUUUAAUGAUAGGACAUGGCAUUGUACCUAUUUGCAUACGUUUUCUACAAAAUCACGAGAAUCCUUUGCUACAAUUUGAAGCUGCCUGGGCGCUUACCAACAUCGCUUCUGGCACUUCGGAGCAAACACGUUGCGUUAUCGAACAAAAUGCUGUGCCACAUUUUGUUGCGUUGCUAAAAUCUAAAUCGAUUAAUCUUGCCGAGCAGGCAGUUUGGGCGCUGGGUAACAUUGCCGGAGAUGGAGCAGCAGCACGUGAUAUCGUCAUACAACAUAAUGUUGUGGACGGUAUACUUGGUUUGAUAAAUUGUGAAACACCACUUUCCUUCUUGCGCAACAUUGUUUGGUUGAUGUCGAAUUUGUGUCGUAACAAAAAUCCAUCACCACCUUUUGAAGAGAUUAAACGUUUGUUGCCCGUGCUAUCGCGAUUGCUCUUAGGUGAGGAUACACAAGUGUUAGCUGAUGCCUGUUGGGCGCUCUCAUAUGUGACGGAUGAUGAAAAUUUGAAAAUCCAAGCGGUAGUCGACACAGGCGCAGUGGGGCAUCUAGUUAAACUGCUUGGCACUGAAGAGCCUUCUAUAAUUGUGCCAGCACUGCGCAGUGUAGGAAAUAUCGUAACCGGUACUGAUCAGCAGACGGACGCAGUUAUUGCUGCUGGCGGUUUACCCCGAUUGGGUGGUCUGUUGCAACAUCCAAAAUGUAAUAUUGUAAAGGAGGCCGCCUGGACGGUUAGUAAUAUCACAGCCGGAAAUCCGAAGCAGAUUCAGGCCGUUAUCAAUGCUGGUAUUUUCACACCAAUUCGUCUCGUUUUGGAGAAGGGCGAUUUCAAAUCGCAGAAAGAAGCCGCUUGGGCCGUUACAAAUACCACAACGAGUGGCACACCUGAACAAAUAAUCGAUCUGAUUGAAAAAUAUCAAAUAUUGAAGCCAUUCUGUGAUUUACUCGACGCAAAGGAUCCGCGCACCAUUAAGGUUGUGCUCAUGGGACUCGGCAACUUGUUUGUUUUGGCCGAAAAGUUGGGCGGCACAGAGAAUCUUUGCUUGAUGGUCGAAGAGAUGGGUGGCUUGGAUAAACUGGAGAAAUUGCAGGAGCAUGAAAACGAGGAAAUAUACAAGAAGGCCUUCGCACUGGUGGAUACGUACUUCAAUAGUGGCGAGGAUGCUGAAGCUGAGUUGGCGCCACAAGAGGUUAAUGGUGCGCUCGAAUUUAAUGCGGGCCAAUCGAAAACACCCGAGGGUGGUUAUACGUUCUAGUAGCUUUAGCGUAAGGUGCGUGGUGAUGUGUGCGUGUAUGCAAACUCUUGGUGGUCAGCAGAAUCAUUGCGUAAUGUGUUUGUAUGUUUACUUUAUUGUCUAUUGCAUAUUUUUUGUGCCGGGCAUUGCUAUGCUUUGCAUAAUAUAAUCGUCGGUUUUUGUUUUGCUUUUAAAUACAUAGUAAUACAUGCGUACACAAGGAAUGCACAAUAUUCCCAAUGAUUUCUGCAAACUGCUUGUGUUGUCACACGCAUCGCGCCAUUAUUUGUAAUUAAGUUUUUAUGCCCCUUUGCUUACCAAAUUCCCACCUAUAAACACACACACACAUCUGUGGUUUAACGCCAUCAUGUUAUGCAUGCUUUCACCAAUCAAUAUGAUUUACAUUUUUUAUUCAUCUUUAACGUAUCAAUUUUAUUCAGAUGUUUUAUUUAAUUUUCAUUUAAACACAUUUGUAAGUCUGAUUAAAGUUUGUAUGAAUACAUAUGAUGUUAUUUUUUAAACAAAUUUCGCCAUUAUUCCAUCUCUAAAUAUAAUUGUUUAUUAAUCAUUUAAGUUAACAUUGCA